AUGUCCAACCAUGCCUGGGACAGCGUCGCCGAGGCCUACGCCGAGCGGGUCGAGCCCUUCACCUCCCAAUUCGCCGCUCCUCUGCUCGACGCGGCGUGCGAGGCGCUCGGCGGCGUGGCUCUGACGGGCGCGCACGUGCUCGACGUGGCGGCCGGCAGCGGUGCGGUUGCGCUCGAGGCGCUUCGGCGUGGAGCGAAAGUGACCGCGACCGACGGCUCGGGCGAGAUGCUGCGUGUGGCUUCGGAACGGGCGAGUGCGGCGGGCCACGAGCUGGCGACGCGGGUGGCAGAGGGCACCGCUCUCCCGCUCGACCUUGCGGGUGGGUCGCUCCUCGCGACGUCUGGCUUUGGCGUCAUCUUCUUUCCGGACGUGGCGGCCGGGCUCGCCGACUGCGCCGCGGUGGCUCCCGACCGCGACGAGCGGGCCGCGCUGCUGCGUUCCGCUGUCCUCUCUGCCCUCGACCAGCGGUUCGGAGGCGGCGAGGUCCGGCUCGAGGCGAGCGCGUACCUCGCCGUCGGAGUCGCGCCGAGGGCCCUCCCGCCGCUCUUUGUCGGUCCGGCUGGCUUCGCAGCGGAGCGCUUCUGCGCGGUCGAGAUCAACUCCACGGCGUACGCGCUGCCCUCGCCCGCCACCGUUGCUGCGUGGCGCGCCCGCUCCGGCCGCGGCUUCCGCUGCUGCCUGAAGGCGCCCGCAGCUUUCACACACGCGGCGAACCCGCGCGACCCGUCUGCUCUCGGCGCGCUGACGGCCUUUCUCGCGCGUGCGCUCUCCCUCGGCGCCCCCCUCGGCCCGCUCCUGCUGCAGUUCCCGCGCUCCGUCGUCGCCGACGCCGCCCUCCUCGAAGACAUCGCCGCUGCCGUCGAGGAGGCGGAGCAGGGCGCCGCAAGCGCGCUCGCCGCCGCGCCAGCCGCCGCCCCCGCAGCAUCGCCGGCCACGUCGCCCGCCGCGUCGCCCGCCUUGCGAGUCGCGCUCGAGGUGCGCCACGCCUCGUGGCUCGACCCGCAGCGCGGCCUGGCCGACUGGCUCCGGCGGCGCGGCUGGGCGCUCGUGGCGCACCCGGACAGCAUGGGGCGCGCGACUGUGGAGCAGGGCGCGAGGGGCGAGGCGCGCAGCGAGUACCCUCCCUCCGACCUUGACCGGCAUUGGCCCCAGACGGCGCCGUUUGCGUACGUGCGGCUACACGGCGGGUGCGACGACCACGCCUACGACUACGGCGAGGACGAGUUGCGCCGGCUGGCGGCGGUGGUCCACGGCUGGCGCAUGCGCGGGAUCGAGGUCUGGGCGUUUGUGCUCAACGACUCGGAACAGGCCGCCAUGCCGCGCAACGCCGAGGCGCUCAAGCGCCUGGCGCACGAGAUAGCCGGCGAGCCCGUGCCUCGCCCGCCAAAGGCGGCCGCGGCCACUCUCGCAGGCUUCUUCCGCGCCAGCCCCUCGUCGAAGAGACAGAAGAGCUAG